AUGGAUUCGGAAAUUUCGUUGAAGAAAUUGAUCAAGGUUUCCAUCAAAAAGAAGAGCCCACCUAAGGUUUUUCUUGAUCUCGUGAAACAAUGGCUCGAGAAAGGAGACAGAUCUGAUAACGAAAUCCUCGAAUCUUUAAUUGAGCUUCACCCAUCUUUGAUUUCGGAACAGGAGCAAAAGUCCCUCCAAUUACAUUAUGCAAUUCAACUUGCAUGUUCUAGCCUAGAUGAGCAUCGGCGGUUCAUGAAGUUGCUACCACAAUCUACUCUUGACAGCCAACGUGAUUACAUUCUAUACUUGAGGAAUAACUUGAAGUCACUUUUCCUGGAGAAUAUGAUGAGGGAAUUCAUCAACGGCACAUUCGUGGAAUAUUCCAAAGGAAUUUGUGAAAGAAUGAGGCUGAAUUUGAGUGCCACCUUGAAAAGGCUCUGGACGUACAUCCUAUUUUUAUGGGGUACUAUUAUAGACCACUAUGAUAGCUUCAUCACUGUGCCCGUUUUCAAAGAUUUGGGAAUACAUAUAGUAGGCACUUUGAAGGACCUAGGAGACUCAAAUAUGUUAGCAUACUUUUCUAACAAGGCCAAUUCUAUCCUAAACCCCUCAGAACUUCACAAAGAUGUUCAUUUGCCAAUUGCAACGCAGAAGCACAAAACCGAAGUACCAUCGAUUGCCUCCAUGAAAAGAGCCUUAGCACUUAAUGGGUCCUCGAAGAAAAUUCAGCAUUAUUUCAAGUUCAAAAGGUUCAUUUGGUUAAACUCGCGUUUUCGCUUGUGGGAACUGAACGAUGUGGUUGAAAAGUACUUUCUGUUUUUCAAAAUACUGACACAGAAAAUUGAAGAUGUAAUAAAGGAGAUCUUCAGUGCCUUCUUUGGUGGUAUAACGACCGCCAUCCAUCUGCACGAAGAUGCAUUUGUCAUUUUCAACUGGAAAACCUUCAUUGUCAGCAGAUUACCCCAAGUACUAAAAGAGUCAAAAGUGGUGCACAAUCAAACCAUACCAGAAAAUAUCGAAAAAAUGAUUCUAUCAGAAAUGCAUCAAUACAAUGACGAGGUAAUAACAAAAAUGACUGUCGGAGGGAUGAAGGACAAGCCCUUUGACUUGAGGAAACAAUUUCUCAAAAGCUGUGUUUACACUCGUGUCAUUUCGUUAGAUGCUAUGCUUAAGAUCUUUCCUGAGGAGACCGAAAAUGUGUCACCAGCAUUGAUCACCCACGAACGAGAGCAACUAGCACACGUUGAAAGCUUGAGCAGCGACAUCAACAGUCGUUUAUUGGACAUAAACACAGAGUUGACCUCGCUCGAAGAAAGUAAACUUAUAGAGACCUUUCAAAACAUCCCUUCCAGCAAUAUAAUAUUUCUGAUUAUGAAGCAACAACAGUUGUGCAAGCUGACACAUCGCGCUAUUGACGUUCUCAUCCGGGAAAAAAGUUGUGAGAAGUUAAGUCGCUUGAUUUUAGCUCUUGCAAACGUGUUACCUGUGGCCAAUUAUAUUUUUUACAACGAUGAAAAAGGGCCUUGGGGAAUUUUGGACAAGUUGAUUUCGUUUCUCGAUGGGGAAAGCUUUGGAGUUGAUGCAGACGAUAGUAGCUUCCAAGACACAUAUGCACAUUUCGGGAUUCUUUUAGCGGGCGUUAUUUUGCUCACUUCCAACUUUGGCAUUGACUUUGACAAUGUGUGCAUUGAAACCUCGUACACGGUAACAUACAUAAACCGAAUUUUUUUCAGACUGGCUGGAGAUAUGACUGAUCGCUUUGAAGGAGAGGAUGAGCAAGAAAAAAAUAUCGUGCAAAACUAUUACAAUUUGAUGGGCGCCUGGCUCAAUGCCCUUUUCGACGUCAACAACGAAGGUUUAUCAGACGAUUUGAUUAAAUCUGUCGGCGUUAAGCAGAUUUACAAAUGA